UCCUCCUGCAGUGACAGGUGUGGCUCUGUUGAAGCAGUGAUCCUGUAGAAGGCUGGAGUUUUCCUCUGAAGAUCCAGUGGGGGUGUAGAUGGGCCUGGUCUUCCUCUGGGAAUCCAGUGGAAAAGGCUGACUAGGGUCUUCCAAAUCUCAGAUUAUAUCCAGGCAGCCCCCACCAAGAGCUCCCCUGGGAUGAGCUCUGCCCUGAUGUGUUGGUUCCCUCUCACCUGCAGUGAACAUGGUUCUGGAUCCAGACACAGCCCACUGGCACCUUGUCCUGUCUGAUGAUGGCAAAAGUGUGAAAUGAGGUGACACACAACAGGACAUCCCUGAGAGAUUUAACCUACGCUGUGUGCUGGGCUGUGAUGGCUUCACCUCAGGGAGACACUAUUGGGAGGUGAAGGUGAUGGAUGCAGGAGGAUGGGCCAUGGGGGACUCUAUAGAAUAUGUGAAAAAGAAGAAUUAUAUUCUCUGGCUUGAAUUUAAGCCAGAGAAAGGCAGCUGGGCAGGGGGGCUGUUGGCAGGGUACCUCCUAGCUCUCACCUCUCCUGAUCACACUCUCCUUCCUGAAAUCAGUACCCCCAAACAGAUCUGGAUCUGUCUGGAUUAUAAAGAGGGAUGGGUGGCAUUUUUCAGUGUUGGUGAGGGUAUUUCUAUCUUCACAUUUCCACUGGUAUUUCCUGAGAGAAAAAAAAAAAAUCCUCUUUGGUUCUAUCUGGGUCCUGGGACCUCUCAAAAUAUGACUAUGAUGAAUGUGAAGGAAUGA